AUGCGGAUCGCAUACUUGGGGACUUCGGUGUCAAAUAUCUCGCAGCUGGUAGCUCAUGAAGCACAGUUCAGCAAAGCCCAAUGUUCGUCGCUAGUCUUUCCUUUCCCGAGUAUUCGACCUGUCCGACCGUGGAAGCCCUCCACAGAUUUACCACUAAUUGAAUGGUACCGGACCUCAUUUGAACGUGAAAUUAGCACACUGCCGGAUAAAGAACUUCGUGACGAGUUGAUCGAAUCAUUUUUCGAAAAGGUCCACCCCGGCUUCCCGGUCAUUGAUGAGGCCGAGUUUCGCACUCGAUAUGAGAAUUCAGAGAACCCACCUCCUCUGUUGCUGCUGCAUGCGAUCCUCCUUGUUGGAGCUCAUGUGUCGAACCAUCCACGAGUAACGAAAUCUCGCUCACUAAUGAAAUUGUCUCUCUUCCGCCGUGCGAAGAGCUUAUUCGAUAUUCGUUAUGAAAAUGACCGUCUGAACCUGAUCCAGGCAGCAUUGCUUUUUACUUGGCAUCUCCAAGGCGUGGAUGAUGUUAGUGCAAAUGCAUACUAUUGGAUCGGAAUCGCGUGCAGGAUUGCAUUUGGAUUAGGAAUGCAUCGCACCACAUCAUACGGCACCAAUGCCAUUAGAAUGCCAAUUCACGAUCAGCGUAUCUACAGGCGGGUCUGGUGGACUAUAUAUCAGCUUGAUGUUCUUGGCAGCCUGCACCAUGGAAGACCGUUGAGUAUCGACCCUGACGAGUGCGACCAAUUAUCUUUAUGCGCCGAGGACUUCAUUGAAUGCAACUCACGAACGAAUCCAAAGGUAGACAUAGAUUUCUGUAUACAGAAUGCGGCUCUGUGUGAAAUCGUAGGUGCCAUUGUGAAAAUGUCGUCGCCAGGCUCACUUCGUCGAUUUCGCGACAGCCCUGGGUCAUUCCGAACGACACAAGCCAACCUCGAUACCCGAUUGGUUACAUGGUACCUUCAACUUCCGUCUAGACUCUCAGAUAUUCAUGGAAAGAACUCGAUCUUUUGGGCACUUCUGCUGAUGGCACACUACAAUCUUGCAUUACUACACCUCCAUAGACUUGCAGAUCCUACGGCCGGCGACAUGACUGGGCCACCACCCAACAAAUCCAGCGACACAUGCCACGUUUCAGCUCAGGCACUUAUUGGAUUGCUCAAUACCAUGGUGGUGAAAGAGUCUAUCGGGCAAUGCUGGUUCACUUGCCAGACAAUGCUACUAGCUACUGCACUUCAGACUAGCCUGGAAGCCAGGAUUACAGCCAGAAAUGGACCCGCAGUGCUAGCCAUCCAGGCACAAUCCCGCCUAGACCAAUUAAUGCCGAUUGCAGAAAGCCUAUCACAUUAUUGGCCCAGUGCCGAGGCAGUUUGGCAUCUAUAUCAGGGGCUCUUAAAGCAACUCAAAAGGCAAACAGAAGCUGCCUCCGGGUUCAACCCUGCUGUAUAUCCAGCAGGCUCAGGUUCUGAUAAACUAGACUCAAUUUUGGACAUACAAGAGGCAUUUGAUGAUCAUACGAGAGAUACUUUGGAGAAUAACUGGGCUGCGUUGUUUGGAGCAGGCUACGCAGAGCCUUUUCUGGAUUCCCAGCAGGAUGACAUUGAUGGUUUGUUGCGCAUGCCAUUGGGGUUUGCCAGCAAUGAACAAAUAGGAGGAACGGGUCGUUCAUAG